AUGCGGCGAAUUCCGGUUCUUGGAGUAUUUGCUGGGCUGUUGCUUGUAGCUGUGGCCUUCGAGUCGGCUCCGGCGUUGGUAUAUGGAGCGAGUUCCAAGCUACAUUCAUCGCAAGUCCUGGUGCUAGCUGCUCUGGGCAAGGCGUGGCGUCGCACUUUCCCCAACUGCUCGCCAGGCACCGGAUUGACGUGUGAUGGCAAGGGCAUGGUCAUUGAGAUGUCGCUCAACAACACUCAGCUAGCGGGGUCCAUUCCAUCUGUAAUCGGCAAUCUCUCACUCCUGGCUCACCUCAACCUAGGAGCCAAUCAGCUAACAGGAGUCAUUCCAGAGUCUAUCGGAAAUCUCACCAACCUCUCCUACCUAGGGCUCUAUAACAACCAGCUAACCGGUUCGAUUCCGCGAUCCCUUGCGGCUCUCGCCAAGCUGCAAACGCUAACUCUCUCCGACAACCGUCUCAACGGCACCCUUCCUAAUGCCCUCGGCAAGCUCACUGCACUCCUCAGACUCAAUCUGGACAACAACUUGUUGGCAGGCUCCCUCCCAUCAACACUCUCUGCCCUCUCCUCCGCCACUUACCUGAGCAUCUCUGAAAACCUCAUCAACGGCACUCUCCCUGAUGGCAUAGGCGCCCUCUCUGCUCUCCAAAGCCUCGGUUUGGCCAACAACUCUCUCUCUGGGUCGCUCCCUGUGUCGCUCAACAACCUCACCAACCUCGUCACCUUGGGUUUGACGAACAACAGCUUCUCUGGUCCCCUUCCCUCCUCCAUAUCGUCCCUUGGGAAGCUUGAAAAGCUCAAUUUGGGCUUUAAUCUCUUCACAGGCACCCUACCCAUUAGCAUCAGGCGCAUGACUGCGCUAACCAGAAUCCGCCUGCACAACACAUCUCUCUCUGGCCCCCUCCCACCGCGCAUAGGGGAGCUCAGGAGACUCAAACAAGUGGACCUGAGCAACACGGGCAUCAGCGGUGUUCUUCCUGAAUCCAUGGGCCACCUGGACAAGCUCACAGAGCUCCACAUGCACGGGUGUCAGCUCAAUGGAUCUCUGCCCGUGCUUCUAGGGAACCUUACAGCUCUGCAAACACUCGAUCUAGGGAGCAAUCAUUUCUCAGGGGAAAUUCCCCUAUUUAUCAGCAGCCUCACACGCAUAGAGACUCUGGACCUCUCCGCCAAUCAGCUCACAGGAGUGAUCCCGGAUACUGUCAGCAGCAUGCAGCGACUGCAACAGCUUGAUCUCUCUUUCAACAGCCUCACAGGCUCUGUCCCUUCCACCACUACCUUGCUCACCAACCUCACCUCGCUUCAUCUAUCACACAACAACCUCUCAGGGACGAUACCGCCUUCCUUCUCCACCCUCACCGGUCUGCAGGCGCUGGAUUUGAGCUACAAUCCUCAGCUUAGCGGGUCCAUUCCUGCUUCCCUGGGACAGCUCAGCAACCUCACUUUGCUUGCAACCAACGCCACCAGCACCACCUGUCCCCUCCCAUCAACACCAUGCGAGGUGCCCCAAUCACCGACCUCGGCCUUCUGCCAGGCCUGCCCGGACUUCUGCUCCUCCUGCUGCUCCUCCUGCACUGACCCCUGCACCAGCUACCCGUCCAAUCCAUGCGGCCCAGGCGACUGCAUCCCCGCCUCCUCUCCUCCCACUCCCGCGUCUGCUUCCACCAACAAGGCCCCUCGACCAGCCUCCACCACAGCUCCUAACAGCUCCUACACCUGCCGCUGCUCUGCGGGUGCUGCUGCUGCGGUGGGAGCCAAUGGGCUGCCGACAUGUGUGACUUCCCCCCCACCACCACCUCAGGAGCCAUCCAGUGCAGUUGCCAUGCCAACAGGAGCAAUCAUCGGCAUCGCAGUCGCAUCCUUCGCUGUGAUUGUGUGCUGCUUCACGCUCAUCUUCCUCUGCUGGCGAUGGCGCCACACCAGCCAGAGCCGAGAGCUGGUCAACCAAG